UAAAUAUUAUCAGUAUUUAUUUCAGAAUCUUAUAUCAGCCAAGUUUUUACGUGAAAUCGGAGAAACAAUGCAAAGAACACGUAGUGGAACGAGGCCCAUGCUUUCUAGGAACCAAGUUUCUCCAGUAUCCUCUAGCACCCGGAGUAAAGUUCCAAACCUGAAACCUGGAUCUGAUUCAACCAUACCUAUAGAACCUAAAACCACCCGGUUUUCUGAAAACUGGAAACGGAAGACGACCGAAGGUUCGGAAAAUGUUGCUCCAGUUAAGAGGAGCAAGAAAGACAUCACAGAAAACCAGGAGGACUUGUUGAACCAGCCUUUCAUGCAGUCCCAGGACGAUUCAAGAAACACAAGAACAUGGACGGGAGCCUCGAGACGAUUAAGUUUAGGACGACGAGAUAUUACCGGACUAUUCAGGCUUCGAAGUGACGGAGCCUCCACUUCGUCCUCAACCUCCGGAAGUCCAUUUUCUCAUGAUGAUCCUGUUCCAAACAGUCCGGAAUUUAAUUCCGGCUCCCGCCGUAACAUGGAGUCUAGAAAUGCAAGAUCUGAUUCAAGGAAUAAUAAAAAAGAUGGGAGAAUUCCUUUGGACACAAUGGACUCGUCAGAUCCUUCCCAUCCAAGAAUUAUUGAGUGUGGAUUGCGAGAUGAUGGAACUAUUUGUGAAUGUCGAACUGGAGAUUUGGAAAGAUCAACCUCCAAUUUACAAUCUACAGUUAGUCGCAUUACCUCUAUUAAACCUUCUCUACAGUCAACCUCCAGUCAACCGUCUUCUGUGCAGUCAACCUCCAUUAAAAGUUCAGUUCCCCUGCAGUCUACCUCCAAUAUCAGGACUGCUCAACAGGGAGGUUCCAAUCUUCGCUCAAGUCCCACAAACUGCAGGAAGAUACUUCGCAAGAUUUUGCAAGCGUUUGAAAGUGCCUAUGAAUCUACAGACGACUCUAAUUCUGGUGAUGAGGAGCCUGUUGAAGUGGACGAUGAUGCGAUUAUGCAGGAUGAGGAGGAGAACUAUGGAGGUUCCGAAGAUGAAAAUGAAACUGAUGAAGAAGAAAGUGAGUCUGACGAAGAUACAGCUGAAGAAACUGAAAAUGAAAUGUAUGAUGAUAGUGAUGAUGAUGCAGAUAACCUUGACAACUCAGAACUGGAAGAAAAUAUAGCUCCGCGUCGACGCUCCAGGUACAUGUCCUAUCCAACUGAUAAUAGCUCGAGUAGAAGCAUUAGCAAUCCUACACAUAGAUGUACAGCAUCCUGUCCUAUUGGUUGCAGAGGCGGUCAUAGACCAUUAGAGAUUGUUAUAUUCGAGGGGUUGGGUAUGGACCAUCGUGUUAAACCAGCUGGUAGAAAGAAGAUUACCCCUGAUAACCCCCUAAUCUUAGGGUUAUCGUACUGCAAAGGACUCAGGCGUGUAGGAAGCAAAGGAAACAAGAAAACUUUAUUGAAGACGACAAUUCAUCCCAGCAGCUCUUCGACCGAACAUUUUCCUGUCAUGCCACAAAGAGUUCAUAUUCUAUACGAUACUCCAGAGGUUCCCCUAGAUGUUGCUCUAGAGCACACCUGGAAUCCGCAGGAUCGAUCCUUUAAUAUGCGGAUCAAGGAGGGUGAUCCCUUUACAGUCAGAAGACAACCUGUCGCUCAGUCCACAGACAGUGCGCGAACUAUAAAAGGAUAUAGUAGUGGAUUACAUAUAUUCCGUGUUACCUGGCCCCUUAAACAGCGAGGCACCCAUGCUUGUAUUGGGGUGUGUACAGCAAACCAAACUCUUCAUAGUAUAGGAUACAACAGUCAGAUUGGAUUAUCAACACAGUCCUGGGGCUGGGAUUUAGGGAGGUUAAAAGCUUAUCAUAAUGCUUCUAAAAUCUCUGGAGUAGAUUAUCCAGCAUCUCCACCCCCAGAUUUCAAGGUGAGAACCAAGUUCUUCCUGGUUCUAGAUUGUGAUGCUGGAACCCUGGGAUUCAUUUCAGCUGGUAGAUGGUUGGGAAUAGCUCAUUCAGGACUCCAGGGUCAAGUGCUCUACCCGUCUGUUAGUUGUGUGUGGGGACAAUGUGAAGUUACACUCAGAUAUCACGGGAGUCUUGUUGGAAGGGCCUGCAGUUUAUCUGAACUCUGUCGAGCAGAGAUCAGAAAACGCUGCCUGGAUUUCUCAACUUUGCCAGUCCCACGUGGGGUUAAGAAAUAUCUGAAGCAUCAGUAAAAAAUACAGGAGUUCGUAGAAGGAAAAUUCCAGAACUGACUUUGCACUGUUUUUAAUCCUUUAUUCUUGUAUAAAUUUAAAAUUAAUUUUAUAUCAAAUUAUUCUUAAUUGUAAGAAUUAAGAGACCAUCAUCUAUCUUGAAUAGAUUUUAAUUGUAUAUAUAAUAUAUUUUUAAUAAUAAAAAAUAUUUGUGUUC